UUGAUUUGAAUUUAGUGGUAUGUAUGUAAAUAUUCCAAGAAAGGAAUAGAAAUAAAAGAAGAAUAUAUGAUUGAAGGAAGAGACUAGAGAAGCCAUCCAUCCAUCUUCGUUCUCUAUAACCACUAAAUCAGAGAAACUGAAAACCUUCUCAUUUCAUCAAUCCUUCUUACAAAGUAGAAACAGAAAGAACUUGAGGAAGGGACUCCAUUGAUGGCUGAGUGGAAGCAGAAGAGAGCAUGGUGGUGGCUUUCACUACUGUUCUUUCUGUGCCUGGUUUUGGAUCACAAGAUUGCUCAAGCAAAGAGGCCAAUCUCAUCUGAGAUGGAAAAUCACAAUAAAACUACAUUUGAAGCAUACAGACACCUUUUCGCAAAUGCUUUUGGUGCUCUUUUUGAGCCUGGAGACUCCACCACUCGUGUUUGGCCAGACAUGGAGUUUGGCUGGAGGGUUGUGCUUGGUUCUGUCAUUGGCUUUCUCGGUGCCGCUCUCGGCAGCAUCGGUGGAGUUGGAGGCGGCGGGAUUUUCGUUCCAAUGCUUACUCUGAUCAUCGGGUUUGAUCCAAAAACCUCGACCGCCAUCUCAAAAUGUAUGAUAAUGGGAGCAGCUGGAUCGACAGUCUACUACAAUCUGAGGCUGAGGCAUCCUACAAUGGAUUUGCCUAUCAUUGAUUAUGAUCUUGCUUUGUUGUUUCAGCCAAUGCUCAUGCUUGGUAUCAGUAUUGGUGUUGCCUUCAAUGUUAUGUUUCCAGAUUGGAUGGUUACUGUACUUCUUAUCAUACUAUUCUUAGGUACUUCCACCAAAGCACUCUUUAAAGGUAUAGAAACAUGGAAGAAAGAAUCAGUAAUGAAAAAGGAAGCAACAAAAUUGUUGGCUUCAUCAUCAAACUUGGAAGAUAACUCGUAUUGGAUUUUGGAAGGGACAGAACAGGAGUACAAGCCAGUCCCAGGAGGUCCAGCUAGUAACAUGCAGCUCAAAUCUUCCAUGGAUGAUGAGGUUCCAAUUAAGGAUAAUAUUCUCUGGAAGGAGCUCAUGGUGCUUCUGUCUGUGUGGGUGGCAUUCCUUGCUGUGCAAAUAGUUAAGACCUAUGCCACAACUUGUUCUGUGGAAUACUGGAUUCUGAAUAUCUUGCAGGUGCCUAUAGCUUUAUCAGUUACAAUCUAUGAAGCUGCAAGCCUUAUCAAAGGGAGGAGAAAAAUUGCCUCCAGAGGAAAGCAAAAUAUAUGUUGGAAAGGGCUUCAACUUUUUCUUUACUGCUGCUUUGGGGUAUUAGCUGGGAUAGUUGGAGGCUUACUUGGACUUGGAGGAGGAUUCAUAUUAGGACCUUUGUUCCUUGAGAUGGGAGUCCCCCCUCAGGUUGCAAGUGCAACAUCAACAUUUGCAAUGACAUUCUCAUCAUCCAUGUCCGUCAUUCAAUACUACCUUCUCGACCGCUUCCCUGUUCCAUACGCAUCCUAUUUCGUAUUUCUUGCCACCGUCGCGGCUUUCACGGGUCAACACAUUGUGAGGAAGCUUAUAAUACUACUUGGCCGGGCAUCAUUGAUUAUUUUCAUACUGGCACUAACCAUAUUUGUCAGUGCUAUAAGCCUAGGUGGAGUUGGUAUAGCAAACAUGGUUGAGAAGCUGGAUAGGAAAGAUCAUAUAGGGUUUGAGAAUCUCUGCUACAGAACAUAGAUAAUCCCGCUUCGAGAUGAAAGAAACUGAAAUAGUAAACCGAAAGGUUUAAGUUUUUGAUCGCAUGAGAAAGAACUUUAAUCAUAAAGACUUUCAGUUCAUAUAGUAUUACUAAUAGUUUCUAGUUUGACAGCUUUGCUUCAAUUAAUCAGGCUAUGUAAUGUUUUGCUCAUGGAAUCCAUCAGUGAGCUUAUUGUUUAGUUGUGAAAAAUCUACUCUCUUGUUUUUGUAGAAGUGGCACCUGAUAGUUUUGAGAUUAAUAUUAGCUCUACCAGCAAAAUUUUCUUUAUGCUUGGAUGUAGUAUUUGCUAAAUAUCUUGCAAGACUAUUACAAAUAGAAAAAAUCUAGCCAAUUAACUUUUUUUAUGCUCACGUCAGAUGAAAACAUCAAUGCCAAUCAAUCAAUUUCUCAAUAUUUCAUAGGCAAGACUGAAGGCGUAUUCAGGAGCUAUGUAGGAAAACCAGAAAUCAAAGAGUCCAUAUUAUUUAAAGACUCAAUAUUUCGUAGGCAAAACUGAAAGGGCAC